AUGCAGACCGUCUCGCUUGUUACUAUCGCUCUCGGUCUCGCUUCGGCGGCCGUGGCUGCGCCCCCUCCUUGGGCCCCCGCCUGGGGAUACUCCUCUCAGUCGUCUUCUGUGCCCACGAGCUCGGCGGGCUCUUCUACCCCGGUGCCCACCGUGAGUGUGACUCCCUCGGGCUUCACCUCCACCCCGCUGCCCACUGGCACUCCCACUCAUCCGUGCCCCUACCCGUCUGGAUUCCCUCUUCCUUCCGACGCCCCGUUCUCUGUCCCCCCUCCUUUCCAGGGCAGCGCUGCCUGCCCUCCCUGGGGACCCCCCUCCUCGACGGCUCUUCCCGCUCAGUAG